UGACAGCUGCGCUAUAUUAUUGUAGAGAGUAAAGUGGACUUAGUGAAAGAGGGAAAGAAAGGGAGCGCUCUGCCUUAUUAUGCAAACGAGCUCGUGUCAAAGGGCUACACCCCAAAAAGGAUGUCUACAUGCUUUUCCUUGGGAUGGGAAGCAGUUCGGCUCUAGGAGAAAUUAGGAGUUCAGUCCUACUGUCUACACCGGCGGAACAAAAGUGUGCCAACCCAUCGCAAGGAAGGAGGUUAGCACGGAAUGUCCGGUCUGGGUUCUGUUAGACGCUUAAUCCUGUUGGUAAUUUAGUCCAUUUGAUGACCCUACCCUAGAGAGAGGGGGAGCAACAGAGCCAGUCACUCACAGCUCUCACAAUCAACGCAGCCAAGGAAACCCACUGAAACGCUCCCCCCCAAAUACCCCCCUUGUCACGGAGAAAGAAGAAGGGGGUGAGAAGAGGAGACACUCAGACAAAAGCAUUCCUGGCCGGCUUUCAGUUUCAAAAAGAGAGUCGCUCUAAGUUGGUUAAAAUUAUUUAACCGUUCUUCAAAUACGAAAUUCAAGUGGAUAGGCAGAGCCAACCGGCGACUCUUCGUCCGCAUCAGCAACGGCAGAAGUAACGGGAGUACAGGCUACUCUCACUACAGUAGCUCUUUCCAAUAACUGCUACAGCCUGUAAAAACGACGGAACCUGCCACAAUCAACAGACACCAUGGAGACCAAGAUGCGACUCUCUUUGGUUAUUUUAACGUUAGGUUUGCUGCUGCCACAUUGUGUUAGGACAGACGACGAUACUGCUGCUGCUGCCACCACUGCCGCCACCACCACCGUAGCUCCCACCACUCCCGCCACUACCACUCCUGUCCCCAAAGUAGACGACCCAGCCACAACUACCGCUGCAGCCACCACCACCACCGUUCCUGCUGUUCCUUCAUCUACCAUUGCUGCUGCCGCAACCACCACCAAAAUGCUGCCGCCGCCACCACCAGAUGCCAAAACGACGGCGGCUACCUCUCCCGCUGCUGCUCCCAGUGCUACCCAAAACGUGACCCCAACUCCCAGUAAGAGCCCAGAUGUUAGCACUACUAAACCGAGUGGGGGCGGUGGGCAAGUUCUGAGCGUUCCCAGUCCCAAUGAUGGCCAAACCACCCCUGCUGUUCCCAAUGGUUCUUCUGCUGUUUCCACCACUGUUGCAAAACCUGAUGAUAAUCAGAGCAACAUCGCCCACCAGGGUGGCGACAGCAGUACUACUGCAGUGGGCCCCAACAGCUCUCAGCAGCCUGCUACCACCAAGGCUCCCGCUGACCAGGUCAGCGCCAUCCCCACGGCCGCCGUCUCUGCCCAGCCCUCUGGCUCUGGCUCUGGCUCUGUCACCAGCAGCACUGCUACUGACGCUGGUAGGGGCCCAGGCACAGGCACCACUCCCUCCACCCAGGCUGGCGGGGCAACCACUACCGUCUACCGGCCACCACUACCAUCGCUCGCCCCGGAGGACAACACGACCACCACAGUCCCCCCUCCGACUACCACGGCCCUGCCUACCACCACUACCAUGGCAACCACCGCUCCUCUGGAGUCCCACACGCACGAGUACAUAAAGAAGGAACAGCCAGAGGAGGGAGAAGCCAUGCUGGACAAGAUCUGCUCCCGCCUGCUGCAGCUGUUUGUGGACGGGGCCAAGUGCUCCAUGGCCUACAGGAGGAGAGGCAGUGACAAGCCCAUGUUUGACACCGUGGAGAUCAGUGGGAAAGUUAACACGAGUAUUGUAAAGAGCCACUACGAUGACCUUCAAAAGGUACCGACCAACGACCCGAAGGAGAGUGAUGACCAGAGUGCCCACACCACGCUAGUGGCUAUUCUAGCAUCCUGCGGGGCGCUAGCUCUCAUCAUCGUGGGCUUAGCCAUAUGCACCUACCGGCAUGGCAAAAACUACCGCAAGAACCAGUGCAUGCAGCAGCACCUGACCGAGGAGAUGCCGACGGUGGAGAACGGUUACCACGACAACCCCACGCUGGAGAUGGAGGUCCCCACGGAGACGUCGCCCAGCCCCCUGGAGAAGAAGCUCCCGCGCCCCAACGGCCAGACCAGCGAGUUCAACGACAGCUGGAUCGUGCCCAUCGACAACCUGCUGAAGGAUGACAUGAUCCCCGACGAGGAGGACACUCACCUGUAGACGCAUACACACGUACACACACACACACACACACACACACUCUCUCUCUCUUACACACACACAAACACACAGGGACACAAUAUGCACAUGUCCCCAUACACAACCCGCUGAAGGACGACAUCAUGAUCCCUGACGAAGAGGACACUCACCUGUAGACGCAUACACACAUUCACACACACACACACACACUCUCUCGCUCGCUCUCUCUCUCACGCACACACACACACGUCCCCAUUGACAACCUGAUGAAGGACGACAUGAUCCCAGAUGAGGACACUCACCUGUAAAUGCGAACCCACACAUACCUGCAGACGCAAACGCACACACCUGUAGACUCUCUCUCUCUCUCUCUCUCUCACACAUACACACACACACACACACACACGCCUGUAGACGCAAACGGUAGCAUAUGGUUCACACACACACUCACACACACGACAAUCAAUCAAUCUUUUGAUCAAUACAGAUGUCCGUGUCACACAUAUACACACUCAUACAGUGUAUGUGCUGCAUACUCAGAGUGUCCUCAGAGUGUUUGAGCAUGCAGCUGUGCUGUGUUCUGUCAACCUCAAACACAUCUGGACCCAGUUCUCUUCUCAUGUCGUCAUUUCCCUUCUCUCACACUUUCGUACUGAAGGAACUUUUGAUGGUCUCAACGUUUCUGCCUUUCUUUCUUUUGUUCGCUCUGUCUUUCUUUCCCUUUCUUUUUCUUUCUUUCAUACAAUUUGUUUUGAUGUUUUGGGGUAAUUGGUUUUGGGUGGCUGCAUCCCAAAAACACAUGAUGUAGGUUACUUUUCUCACCUAAAUUGUCAAUCAAACAAAAGGCUCCCUUCGAUUGAAAACUGAGUGGGAACAGGCCUAGCCCACCUAUUGGAGAAAGGGCCUUACAGUCCAUGAUGAUAGUAUGUGCUGGGUCAAAGUCAAAGGAGCUACAGUAACUGGACUUCAGUUUAUGAGCUGAAUGAACAAAAAAAAUCCAAAGCUCCAAUUAGAAGAAGCCCAGUUUCCCCUUAAGCCUAUGCCUUAACUCCCAUUAAGUCCUCAUGAUGGGGAUGAAUGAAGAUGAUUUCAGACAUACGCUGUAAGAAUGUACACUGCUGUGCGGCUUUAGAUGAGUUUGUAUUGUCUUGUUGCCGUGGUAGGUAACUGAGCUAGUGACGCCCGCGUGGUGAUGUCACAGAGAAUAGAGUAAACAAAAUGACCUCAGGAUUCUAUUGUCCUGGAAACAAACAAACAACAGAAAACACUAGACGCCUAAAGCGUCUCAGGUUAAGGUGAUUCAAGGGGAGGCAACGAACACACACACACACACACACACACACACACACACACACACACACACACACACACACACACACACACACACACACACACACACACACACACACACACACACACACACACACACACACACACACACACACACCUUAGCCUCCAGCAAGGGUAGCAGUGAUAGUGGAUCAAGGGAAUUACCCAGCUGUGUAAAUAGUGUGUUGCAUGUUUUUUUGUCAUAUGUUUUGUCUUAUCACCAGUGGCCUUGCUCCAAAGUAUGUGUGUGUGCAUAACAAAAUGAAAGGGGAAAUAUUGGUAACACUUAAGAAUAUCGGUCCCUAAAAAGCCUUUUGAACACUUUGUAAAUAUUGAAGUAACUAUAAACAAAACAUGUCCAAAUGUUUGCAAAUUAGUGUUCAUUCAAAAACAUUUGUAUAUGUUGUUUAAACUGCAAUUUGUUAAUGAUGAUAAUGUUUAAGUAAAGAUUUUUAAGGCUAUUCAAAAGUGUUACCAAAAUAUUUUAGUAUAUUUUUGUUGAGGCGUUAAAUGCAGAAACGGGCCACUGUUGGACAUUUUGGAGAUAAUGGGUCCUCUGCACCAAUCAUAAAAACUUUUUUUUUUUUUUAAAUACGUGUGCACACACUCAGGGUCCUCAUCGCCAAUGGAGGCCUGCUAGUCAUACUCUGUUUCUCCUGACUGCCAUCCGGUGCUUUCAGCACUAAAUGCUCAUCUCAUACUCCUGAUGGGAGUUUAAUUGUAAUAUCCAUAUGGUUGUUUGUGACAGUGGGGGCAUUUCAGCUCCCCACACACAUUGUUUCACACCUUUCACAUUUUCAUAGCAGCAUUUAAUGGUAGAGUAUGUAAUAUUUUUUAGCAGUUUAUUUCCAGAGUUAAUGCUGGCUCUUCAUGGAUGUUGUCUUUUUCAUGUAUGUAUGUUCAUGACUUGAACAUUUACACUUAUCAUACGGGAGAAACGGGAUCUUCUCCGUCUGUAAUUUUGAAUUACUGGUCAUCAUAGACAUCUUUGGCUGCAAAACUUACUUUACUUUGGUUAGUCCAUUAAGUAUUACUUUGUCACUUUGUAAAUAGAAAAUGUUCAUGAAUAGAUCAAAUAUGUGAAUGGGCAGCAUGAAUUUUGAAAGUAAAUGCCUAAAAUUACAUAGACUCAUAGAACCACGGUUAAAUACUGUACAUAUAUGUGGGUAAAACUUUCUUUCAAGGGAUCUACAUAAGGGUGUCAAGUAUGCAUCAUAAGAAUGAGAUGACCCUCGUCAGGAACAUAAAUGACACAUUAUGGAUUUUUAUCAAUGUCAUAAUGUGUCACUCAGUUAAGUUGAAUGUCAAUUUCCCAUUCCAAAAAACCCCACAUUAUGACAUUCUUAUGCAAGUUACAUGAUACCCUUAUGUAACUAUUGUUUGGAGUACCGUAUGUGUGCUGCUGAGGGCCAGACACUUCUAUCCCUGUCGCCCUCUGGUGGGCUGAGUCUGAACAGCGUUUUUGUUUUUUAUUAAAUAUUUUGAAAGGGCCAAAUAUGAAUGUUCAAUCAGGAAACCUCAACACCUCUUCUACUUUACCUAAAAUGAACAAAGUGUUUUCAAAAGGGAAAUUUGUAUGCAUUUGUAUUAAUCACAACCCAGUACAAUCACUGUUAAGACACUAGUCUUGUAGAUUUGAUAACUAUUUUUGUAAUAACUAUACACAUAUUGAAGUAUGCUGGUCUGUAGAUAGAUAUUCGUCACUAUCAGGUCAUAAUCACCAGUCACAACACUGUGGAUGUUCUCGCUGUUGUUCUUUGUUUUCUUUUUUUUUUUUACAAAUUACAAUUUGUGCUUUUUGUUCGUUUGUCACCAAAGUAUGUAGUUUGUUUUUGUUUGUACUGUAUUUAUGAUCAUUUGUUUUUGUUUGUUUGUUUAUGGAUCUAUGGAUGGUAAACAAACGGCAGGGGGUCUGACACACUGGAAGCUGUUGGCGUCUGUUAAUCACUACAGAGCUGCAGCCGUCUCCUUAUUUGUUUUGUCUCUUAUACCAAUAAACAUCUUCGCAAAAGGCCA